CCAGAUUAUCUGCAAAUACCGAGGAAAGCUUUUUUCUGCCAAACAAUCUCAUUCACCAUUUGAUGUUGUAGCUUGGCAUGGAAAUUAUGUCCCUUUCAAAUAUGAUUUGUCAAAAUUUAUGGUCAUAAAUUCUGCCAGCUUCGACCAUUGCGACCCUAGCAUCUUUACGGUUCUCACUUGCCCAAGCUUUCGUCCAGGCACUGCUAUUGCGGACUUUGUAAUAUUUCCACCAAGAUGGGCUGUACAAGAGCAUACUUUCCGGCCGCCAUAUUAUCACAGAAACUGUAUGUCAGAGUUUAUGGGAUUAAUCUUUGGUAAAUAUGAAGCAAAAAAUAACGGGUUUUUACCUGGAGGCGCUACUCUUCAUUCUAUUAUGACACCACACGGUCCAGAUUAUCAAUGCUUCGAGAAUGCAUCUCGUGCAGAGUUAAUACCUGAAAGGGUCGCUGACAAUACACAGGCUUUUAUGUUCGAAUCAUCGCUGAACCUAAGAAUAACUAAGUGGGCAGAAAAAACAUGUCAAAAAUUGGAUGAACAGUAUUUUGAAUGCUGGAAAGGGCUGAAGAAAAAUUUUAAUAUUUAAUUUAGUUAAUAUUUGUAAGUGAACUUUAAAUAAUAGAAAGCAUUAAAAUCAGAA